ACGCUCGUAAACUGCCGAGAGAAGAAGCUAGCUUUGGCAAAGAUCGAUGAACCACCGGGCGGUGAGCUAAAGGCUGGGCUCCCCGGUGCUCCUCCAGCCACGGAGUGUGUUGUGACGGACUUCUGGCGGACUCACGCAGGAGAUAAAACCCUUAUCGACCGCUUGCAUUCCCCGAAGCUCUGUUUUUAUCUCACACGACAAUGCAGUCUCAAGGAAGCACCUCCACCCAGCCCUCCUUCGAUUCGCUGAGCUCCAGCGACAGCCUCUUGCUCAGCGACUCAGAACAGGCCGAGGACGACGCAGACGUCUUUCUGCUAGACAACCCUUCCUGUGUCACCACCGCCGGAGCGGGUGGGGCCAAGGCCAAAACUGAUGUGGGACCAGAGAGGCCCAGGUCUCAGUGGGACCGCUUCACGGAUAAGGAGGAAGAGGAGUCGUGCAGGUCAGAGAGUGGCAGCAAACCGCUCUGCCUUGAUGAGAGGGGUGCUGUACGCCAGAAACCAAAAUCAGAAGGAGAUCUGCUGUUUGCUCAGAAGUGUGCUGAGCUGCAGGGUUUUGUCAGGCCUCUGCUGGAGCUGCUGAGCGGACUGAAGAAGGGCCGCUUUGACCACGGUCUGAGUAGUUUCCAGCAGAGCGUGGCGAUGGAUCGCAUCCAGAGGAUUGUUGGGGUUUUGCAGAGACCUGACUGUGGGGAGAAGUACCUGAACACCUUGCUUCAGGUGGAAGGGAUGUUAAAGCUUUGGUUUCCCCAGAUCUCAGCUCAGUCGGUGACUUCAUCCUCGAGUAUGGCCACAUCCCCCACCCACUCCCUCCAGGACACGUCCAGCUCCACCCCGCCGCACAAACACAGGGAUCAGUUACAUAUUCCUGUCAAGAAGCGCAGACUCAGCUGGACUGGAACAGACUCUCCCACGUCUUCCCCCGUGCUCACCAAGUGUCCCCGUGUUGGUGCAGAUGAGAGGAGAACAACGCACGAUCAAGACAAAAGGGUCGGAUCUCCCUCCACUCCAUCGCUGGCGUCUGACGCAAACCAGUACUCGCCCGUCUGUAAAGUCCAGCGCAGCUUUGGCACAGAGGGAUGCGAGAGCGAGGAACGGAGCGACCCGCCUGCGUACAACACAUCCCAGAGCUCCGAGCCGAGGCUGACGUGGGUGCACGUCGCUCCCAUCCCGUCCCCGCGGAAGGCCCGUCUCUCGCACGAGGGCGUGGAAAUGUUGGGCGACAGGGAAAAGAUUGUGGCGCCAAGCAGGAGGGGCAGUCCCGCUAUGCAAGACAGCUCCAUCUCGUCCACCACGCCCUCCGAGCACCCCGGAAAUCUGGAGAAGCCAGCUCAGUGCCACAGCCAGCUCGUUUUUAGUCAGCAGAGUGGGACAGCCGAGACAAGUCCUAACCAGUCUCCGCUCAUCACGACGAAGCCUCGGCCCAGGGGGAGCCCCGCCAUGUUGGAGACCUGAUGUACUGAACACACAUCCGGCAGCUUCCAUCUUCUUCCACCGUCAUGCCUAAAGCUGCUGCGACACAAACAAGGGAAGAGGAUGAAAACCAGAGAAAAUCAAGGAUUUUUGACUUGAAGAUACUUGAACUGACUUCUAGCAUGAAAGCAAUCAAUAUAUUCAGAGGCGGCUACUUCAGCACAAGUCUGAGAUGAAGGACAGAAAAUCUGAUGUCAGUAUUAAAUCUUAAAGCUUACAGCAGUUUAACCGGAUCCGGAGCAAAGAACGAGUUCGACGAUUCUUAUCAAAGUUUCUGGAUCCAAAAAGGAGGAAAGUCUUUUUAUUCUGGACGUGAGGAAUUCAAGCGCGUCGUCAGAGAUGGAGAAACGAUGUAAGAACUCACGAAUGUACUCCAGACGUUCAGACACUUGUAGCAUCUAAAGCCGACUCCCGCUGCGGCGUGGAUCGGAGGCUUCCGCCUGCUGCCCGCGUGCAAACCCACCGGCAAUCAGGGUCAUAAAGUCAGAGACACUUUAAAAUACCAGCCAGGAAAGAAAAACAAGGACCACUCAAAGACAUGUGACUUUCAAGUCACACCGUUAAUUUAUUCACGUCCUGAUCAACCGCUGCAGCUAUUUAUUGUUUAUUUAUUUAUCUGUCGGGCAGCUGGUUCUCGCCUGCUGUGUUUCUGCAUAGUUCGGCCUCUUUAAGGCGACUUUUGACAUUUCAUUUGUUUUUAUCACGAGGAAGGAGGAAAGAAGCAGGUGGACAUCUUUCGACUGACUGCUGGACUACUGUGCCUUUUUACUGAUGUGUUCAGAAACGUUUUUGGUGCUUUCGGUGCGUUGGUGAAUGCAUUUCGAUAGUUUGCAUUUCUCAAAUUCAGCGCCGAGUCAGUCGGAGCGAACCUGCGGUCUUUGCUUUUUCACUUUUCUACACAGCAGCUUUAUCAACAGGAGGAAACCACUGUCCAUUCCUGCUGUCCCGAUAGCCGCCGCCAUAUUUCCACCUCUCACACACACACACCCUUCUAGAGUGUCUCUUAUCAGUGGAGGAGCGGCACUUAAAAGCGGGCGCUCCUGAAAAGUGAACAGAGGAAAGCUAAACAUUAGCUAGGAAACCUUAAUGCGGGUGGCCUUCCACUGCUGCUGCUGUCUUCUGACUGCAGCUCUAAUUUAGAUGUUUCAUAGGAAGCCCUCUCUUUAUUUAGAGUUAUGCUAACAAUAUGUUUAUGAAUACGACUGAUUUACCUAAUUACCAAAUCAUGUUGUGAAUAAUGAAAGUGUCUACGUUGGUAGUAGGCGAGCCACUAACGGUGUAGCGACAGGUGGGGGUUUCUGCAGACCAGGAGAAGGCAAACGUGGAGCUACCUGUUUUUUUCUUUUGGGGGGGUGGGCUCUGGUUCAGACUAGAUCAAAAGCAGAGGGGUGGGGGUGUCUUCUAUCUAACUCCUGUUUACCUUUGGUGCAUCAGAAAGAGAAACCAAUUGCACUUACUCUUUUAUUUUCUACUGUAGCGACUGCUGCUGAUUGGUCAGAAAAAACCACGCCCCGUUUAUUUUAGCUGCCUUUUUUCAGUUCGUUCGCCCUUUCCCCUCUAUCCUUCUCUCUCCCACGUCUCCCUCCAUCCAGUUUUUCUUUCUCUCGCCCCCAUUUUCACGUGAUAUUGUCCUAAAAUAUUUUUAUUUCGGUUACAAUUAAAAAAAGUUUUAAUAAAAUGACAUUUUCAAAGCUAAA